CAAUGGCAGCGCUCGCAGCCAAGCCGGCCAGAGCCAGACUCAAUCCUAAGUUCAGCGCGCCGCCGACGAGAAUUGCAGAUGUGCACCGUUGAGCCCCGUCACUCCUNNCGAGCUACUUGNUGAGCUGUAAUGCAAUGCUCGGCACCUUAAUGAGUCGCUAAGCGAAAUGAGCCGUCCGCUUUUCGACUGCUGUGCUGCGAAACAACAAUGGCGCUCUUGCUCGCGGCAUCUCUCGCAAGCGUGGCAGCAUGUGAAAUACUGCCAUGCAGGACGACUGACGAGACGGUACUAUGUGAAAUGUAUUCCAGGCCUGUGGAGGUCUGCGAGCAAGCGGAGGGAAUUUUCGACGCCUCAUCUUGGCUCACCUGGUCUGCACGAAGGCACUCUCGCUAAAAAUCGUCUCUAUGAGUGCCGUGAUGCCCGAGUCACUCGGCAAGCGCUGUCGACUCGAAGCUUCAAGGUCAA